CGAUGAGAGCUCCAUGCGUAAAACUGAUAUAAAGGAAAUUGCUUAUCAGGCGCCACGUUAGUUUCAUGUGUACCGUGAAUGUUACGAGAAUCGUAGGAAAAAUAAUAAUUUCACCUAUUUUUGGAUUAAUAAGGUAACCAAGAACGUGAAAAUGCGAGUCUCCUUGUUAUUAAUAUUCCUAAUUACUUUGACUAUCGUAUCCGAGAUAGCAACAAAGAAAUCAAGUCGAGACGUAAAAUCGGAACAUUCCGAUAAAGAGAAGUUAAGAAAAUUUGAGGAGAAUUAUCAUUCCAAGGCAUAUAAAAAGAAAGGGAAAGAGAAGGCACGAGAAAGUAGGCAUUCGGAAAGCAACGAAUUGAAUUCAUCGAAAAAGGCAAAAAAUGGACACAUUAAACACGAAACAAGCGCAGAGAAUGAAACACCUAUCAUUAAAGUGAAAAGAAGUCGAGACCUUGAGGAACAACCAGUCGAAGUAAACAUUAAAAAAUCAAAGGAGACCGGGAAAGCAGGAAAGCAGAAACGUGACACUUAUAAUUUAAAAAAUGUUAAAGUCAGCAAACAAGACUCACUCCCAAAUAAGAAAAAGGAUAAGGUGAAAAUAAAGUCAAAAUAUUCUGAGGAGGCAAACGAUGAUAGCAGCUCUGCGGAACAGGACGUUGGCAAGAAGGCAAAACCAAAAGUUACUAAAAAGAAGUUACAAAAUUGCUCCAAAAGUGAGAAAAGUCGGGAAAUUAGAGAGGACAAGUGCGUAAAAUGUGGAGAAGGAAAAAACAAGAAAGAGAAGAAAGUGACAAAAAAGAAAAAUACUAGCUUAGAAACCGACGAAGAAAGCACAGAAGGAGUCAAUGAAGCUACGAAGAAAAUAGAAGAUAAUUCUUCUAAUAAUUCUGAAGACGAGUCCAACGAAAAAACUGAGGCAAAUGUCAAGUCUGAAAAAAAAUUCAAGCUUUCGUCUCGAAGAAAUAAAGAAAAAUGCAGUUGCGAUCUUGAACCAGCUAAGCACGACGAAGAAGUGGACGAUGAGUUAUCCGGAAACUAGCGUUAUUGGAAAAAUUGGAAAAGCACUGAAUAUAAAUUAAGCCUACAAAUCUGGAAAUUAGUACAAUUGUUUUAAAUUCAUCACUUACGAGUUGUGUUAAAAUUAAAUCGUUCUCCAAUACUGACGUGGUCAGUAUUCUGGCAGCUUCUAAAACUCGGCAAAUGAAGAUCGAGGAAUUGCAAUUUCAACAUGUGUUGCCGUGGUCCAACAAUGACCCAUACACACGUAACAUUCUUCGGGUACAUAGCGGGAUAGUUAGGUGAAGUAAUAACGCCCGUAGAGCCUCGUAAAAUUCCGCCACAUAGACCUAUAAGAUACCGAACAGAAUUAUUCUACAUAUAUUAAAGAACUUUGGAAAAAUGUUAUAUGAAAUAUAUCUUGGAAAGCGGAGAUAA